CAAAAUCAACGGCGAUCCUCGUUUUCUCUCUCUCCUCUUAUAAACCAGAGAGAGAGAGAGAAGCAACGUACCUUUCCAGGGAAUGAUCCUUCCUUAGGUAGGUUCAUUUUUAAUCGGUUCUCUCAUUCUCUCUCUCUUUCCAUUUUCUUUCAGAUUCCUUCGCUUUCAGAAGAAAGUGAAGGAAAAACAAAAAUAUAUAGAGAGGAUAUUUGAAAAAACAAAAUUGAAAAACGGAAUUACGCCCUAAAUCGAUGAAAGAUAGCAUUUUCGGGAUUGGGCAUCUCAGAUUUCUGUCGAAGAUCAAAAUAUUUCUCCGUCGGAACCAGGUAUUUCCCCGGACGAUUAAAUUUCUGCAGCUGGGCUUUUGAUAUUUGUUUCAAGAGAUUGAAUUUUGACUAGAAGGUCGGUGGUCUCGAAGAUUUGUAUUUCGCAGAUUUCUGUCAAUUUUUUCUAAGUGGGAAACCCUACGAUUGAAUUUCUGGAAGUUUUGAAAUUGCACAGAAGAUUGAAUUUGGGAAGAGUGUAUUGUAUUGUAUCACAUUUUACUGACAAUUAUAUAUAGAUUUCUAGAAGGGCCUAUAUAUAUUUUUUGGAGGGAAAAAAAAAGGGGUUUGAUCUUAGGAUUGGGUGUUGGAGAAAUUGGGCAGAAUUUGAAAAUGGCAGCAGUUGAAAUCGAAAGUGUGGAGUGUGUGUCUUUAUCGGAUGGAAUUGAGGAUGAAGAAGAGAUACAGUCUUCUUCACAUCCUCAUAACAAUCAUCACUCUUCUUCGAAACCUCAUAGUGUGGCCCCCGCUGGAAUCGGCCCCACGAGCGUCCAUGAAUUACUGGAAUGCCCCGUUUGCACUAACUCAAUGUACCCACCCAUCCAUCAGUGUCAUAAUGGGCACACUCUGUGUUCGACAUGCAAGACAAGGGUGCACAAUCGGUGCCCUACAUGCAGACAAGAGCUAGGCGAUAUCAGGUGCUUGGCAUUAGAAAAAGUUGCAGAGUCACUGAAUCUUCCCUGCAAGUACUUAUCGUUAGGAUGCUCGGAAAUCUUCCCAUACUACAGCAAACUCAAACACGAGGCAGUUUGCAAUUUCAGACCGUACAAUUGCCCAUACGCUGGAUCAGAGUGUGCGGUAACAGGCGACAUCCCUUAUCUGGUUGCCCAUUUAAGAGACGACCACAAAGUGGACAUGCACACAGGUUGUACCUUCAACCACCGCUACGUAAAGUCAAACCCCCGCGAAGUGGAAAACGCCACCUGGAUGUUAACAGUGUUCAAUUGUUUCGGGCAAUAUUUCUGCCUCCACUUCGAAGCGUUUCAACUGGGAAUGGCGCCAGUCUACAUGGCGUUCCUGCGAUUUAUGGGAGACGAAAAUGAUGCAAGAAACUACAGCUACAGCUUAGAGGUAGGAGCGAACGGGAGAAAGCUAAUAUGGGAGGGGACCCCACGUAGCAUAAGGGAUAGUCACCGUAAAGUGAGAGAUAGCCACGACGGUCUCGUUAUACAACGGAACAUGGCUCUUUUCUUCUCCGGUGGAGAGAGAAAGGAGCUUAAGCUCAGAGUUACCGGAAGAAUCUGGAAGGAACAACAGAAUCCUGAUGCUGGUGUUUGUAUUCCAAAUCUUUCUAGCUAAACCUUAACCCUUUUUUCUUUUUCUUCCUUUUCUGGAUAUUGUGCUUCUUCGUCGUUUGAAUAUAUAUAUAUAUAUAUGUGUCUAUGUAUGUAUUGUAUGCUUGUUGAUGUAACUUAUACCUUUGGUUUUCAUUUUUUUCUUGAAAAAAAAAAUUCAAAUGA